CUGACUUCGGUCCACUUCUUCUUGACCGUCGCCGGUUUAUCGGAGAAUGUUCAGGGAGGUGUUUUCCGUGCGGUAAGACGAGCUAUUGUGAUCGGAAACGGAUGCGCCGGCGCGGAGAAUCAGUGCAUCGGCCUUGUUCGCUCCUUAGGCCUCGUCGAUCGCCACCUCUAUUAUAGUGUCGCUAGGCCAAGAGGAGGAGGAAUCAAUAGGUGGCUUCAAUGGCUUUCUACCUCUCUCUUCAAAAGACUAGACCAUUUCAUCAGCAGCAUCUGUGCCGGAUUCUCCAUUAAAUCGAAGAUGCCCGUUUUCUCUAUUGGCGGAAUCACGGAUGUGUUUGAGGUAGCUGAUGCGAAGCAGAUUGCUGCUUUGGCUCGUAGAUCUGCUGCUGAUGCCUUGCAGGUUUUGGAAAGAGAUUUAGCUAUUUUUGGAUUCUUCAUUGCCUUAGGCAGGAGCACGCAGUCUUUUUUAGCUGCUAAUGGUUUUAAUUCGCUGGAGAAUCCCGCGGAAGACCUUGUCAGGCACUUCAUUGGGGGCAGCCUCCUGCAAUAUCCUCAACUCUCUGCCAUCAGUUCAUAUCAGUUGUAUGUAGAGGUUGUCUGUGAAGAACUAGAGUGGCUUCCUUUCUAUCCAAAUAAAAAGGACUCACAGCCAGCCGAACAGGCACAUGGGCAUAGAAGCAGACCACAAGGGCCACCUAAUUAUGAUGCUCUUCCUCAAAUAUUGAAUGUUUGCUCUUAUUGGCUACAGAGCUUUAUCAAGUACAGCAAAUGGCCAGAGAAUCCUUCUAAUGUCAAGGCAGCAAAGUUCUUAUCCAAAGGGCACAACAAGUUAAUUCAGUGCAAGGAAAAAUUGGGGAUAUCAAGUUUGGCAGUAACAGAAGCAGGGUUUAUUGACAUGAAUGCGUUCUCAACUGAUAAAGAGUCAAGCUCAUUUGACAAGGCUCUAGAGAGUGUAGAUGAAGCUCUCGUGAGACUGGAAAGCUUGCUACAGCAGUUGCAUGCAUCAAGCUCAUCCUCUGGAAAGGAACAAAUAAAAGCCGCUUGCUCUGACCUAGAGAAAAUAAGGAAGCUUAAGAAAGAGGCUGAAUUUUUAGAGGCGUCUUUCAGAGCCAAAGCAGCUUCCCUGCAAGAGGGAGAUGGUGACACCGACUCUCAGGAGUCUUCUGAGGAACAGAAGCAGAAUCUGAAAGGAAACGAGACAAAGAAUUCGUUCAACUCUGUAGAUCAAGGCACAAGGAAUCGUGGCUUCUGGGGUUUCUUUGACUGCCCUCCAAAGAGGAAGCCUGCCCCCAAGUUAUUGGUAUUCUUCAAUUACUUGUCUUAUGUUCAAACGUGCGUGAAGCAUAUCUCAGACUUAAUAUUUUGCUGGCGCUUAAUAAGUCAAAUACUUGGCGUUUCUAAUUUGGUUUUCACCCAGUUAGAAGAUGCUUUCUUAAAAGUUUCACGAUUUUUUUACAAUAUGCACGCAGAAAAAUAUACUGAGAGAUCCACUGAAAACGAACCCAAUGAGAUCUAUCGGUUCGAACUUCUAAGGAAUGAACUGAUAGAGCUGGAGAAGCGGGUUCAAGGAAGUACAUAUGAGUCGGUAAAUGGAGAGGUUGUUUUAAAGAUGAUUAACGUUGACGCUUCUACUCUGAGAACUGCUACUUUGGAAUGGAAGGACGAGUUUGCGUCUCUGUCAAAACCUUUGGUUGUUGUUAACAUUGGAGGACCUACAAAGUAUCCUCUGGAGCUGUGGAAGCCUAAGAACAUCUUUCUCCAGAAGAACACCGAAGAAGAAUACAUCACCAUCGUUGCGGAGCAGAUGGUUGCAGAAGUUAUAACCGGAGAAAUGCGCUCUAACUCGAAAGUCUACAUUUGGGACGGAAAAGAACCUAAUCCGCAUUUGGGGCAUCUCGCUUUAGCCGAUGCUUUCAUCAUAACUGCUGACUCUAUAAGCAUGUUGAGCGAGGCAUGUACUACUGGGAAACCUGUUUAUGUUGUGGGUGCUGAACGGUGUACGUGGAAAUUCUCUACUUUCAGAAGACCCUCCAUGAAAGAGGAGCUGGUCGACCUUUAA